UUGAUGAAGAUCAAGUGAAUUUAUAUUAACUCAAGCAAGCUUUAUCAGCCGUUCUUAUUCAGAAUAAAGAAUUACUUAGAUCCACUGGACCUACCAUAAUCACAGCAAGAGCACCUACACAACAGUGGAAAAAUAUUUUUAGAUCGUCCAGCAAACCCUGAUCACAGAAAACAGAGGCAUGGAUAUGGAGCUCGAGCCUGGUUAUGAGGGGAUUAAUGGGACAUGUCUAAUCUCUCGGCCCCUACUGGCGGUGAACCCUAGUGAGGCGGACAUUGUGGGCUGGAGACUAAUCAACGAGUCCUAUGAUCAGGAGACAUUGCCUGAGGCCGUGUUUAAUCUCUCAGAUAGUCGAGCUCUGUACGAGGCGUCGUUUGUUCAAGAUGUGACUGAUAGCCAACAGGAGAUAAUUCACUCGUAUGACAGUCUAUCACUGCUAAUUAUUAUGUUUCUACUGUUCAUGACCAUCAUCACAAUCUGGGUAUUCCAUGCCAAGAGAAUACGAAUACUCCACUCCACAGGACUUGCAUUGUUGUAUGGUGUGAUAGUAGGUGCCAUCAUCCACUAUGCAAUUGGCACGGAGGCUCACAAAGAAGUCACUCUCACCACGACCUACCCACAAUACACAAACCACUGUGAUAUUCUAGGACAAGAUAUUAACAACACUCUGACUGUGGGGGAGGUCAUCACUCUCAUCACACUAAGGGAUAACUUCAGCUGCACGGUGAAAGGGAAACAAUUUAGAACAAAAGAGGGAAACUUUAUUCAGCAAACUUUGGUGUUUGAUCCUGAACUUUUCUUUUUUGCUUUGCUGCCUCCAAUCAUCUUCUACGCUGGCUACAGUCUACAAAAGAGACACUUCUUCCGUAAUCUUGGCUCCCUGUUACUGUAUGCCUUUGCUGGGACCACUAUAUCGUCAUUCCUUAUUGCUGCUCUGAUGUAUGGCUAUGCUGUGAGUGGGGCAGAAGGCCCGGGCUCACUAGUCGCUAAUCUCACUACCUUUCCUGUACCUGAUGGAUUCAAGGAGUCCAUCGUUCCAUCGCUCCUGUUUGGCUCACUCAUUUCAGCCACUGAUCCUGUGACGGUACUGGCAGUGUUUAAUGACCUUCAUGUGGACGUGGAUAUCUUCUCACUGGUGUUUGGAGAGAGUGUGAUGAACGAUGCAGUCGCCAUUGUACUCUUUGGGGCUGUGGAUGAGUAUGCAGUGCCGGGAGAGGCAGAGUUCACCGUUGGUAGUCUCUUUAUAUCCAUUGCCAGGUUUAUAGGCAUCUUCUUUGGCUCCUUUGUCCUUGGUUGUGCCAUGGGACUAGUCACUGCACUCCUGAUGAAGUUCUCCAAGCUGAGAGAUUUCCCACUUUUAGAGACGUCCAUGUUUGUAGUGAUGUCCUACUCUACCUACCUACUGGCCGAGGCUUGCAAGCUCACUGGCAUUGUGGCAGUACUAUUCUGUGGUAUCAUGCAGUCCUACUACACGUACAUCAACAUGUCUGUAGAGAGUAGAAAGAGAACAAAGGACUUAUUUGAACUUAUCAAUUUCUUUGCCGAGAACUUUGUCUUUUCUUACAUUGGACUCUCUCUGUUCACCUAUGGAAACAAUCAGUGGGCCCCUGGAUUCAUCCUCUUCUCUUUUGUGGCCAUCUUUGCUGGUCGAGUUGUCAAUAUCUACGUUCUGUCAUUCAUUCUCAACCUUGGUCGCUCCAAGAAGAUCAGUUUCAGGUUUCAGCACAUGCUCAUGUUUGCUGGACUGAGAGGAGCUAUUGCCUUUGCUCUAGCAAUUAGAAACACUGAGACUGAAGUGAGACAGCUCAUAUUCACGACAACUCUGUGUAUUGUCAUGGUCACGGUGCUCUUCAAUGGAGGGCUGACCACUCUGGCUCUUCAGUGCCUGAAAAUCAAAGUGGGUGUGGAGGACAAUUCUUGUGAUCUCACUGAAGAGGGUCAAGUCAUACCUUACGACAAGUCCAAAGGAAACUGGGUGGUGUCAAAAUGGACCAAACUUGACAAAGAAUAUUUUAUCCCCAUGUUCACACACCACGGCCGAUCAGUAACAGAGUUCGGCAAGUACUGUCCCAACUGCUGCAUCCCGUUUUGCAACCGAUGCCAACCCAGAGACACAGAGCUUUUGGAGGUUUUGGAGGAGGAGGAAUCGUUUGAUGAGAAUGCGAGUGAAUCUGGGGAUGAGGAUGAGGUGGGACAGGUGUACUCGUUCAGGAACAAUCAAGCAGACGAUGAUGUGGACUUAAAUGUAGACGAUAUGGGUGCUGACCUGGGGCUGGGCUCGGACAAUGACGGCAGGGGUGCGUACGGACAUCUGCUAGCCGCAGAGGAGAGCAACCUGUAGCACAUACUUUGUUUAGUGUGAUUCUUAGUUUUGUUAUAAUUUAUAAAUUUAUAGAUCGACUCAUAGUGUCUAUAUAGUGGCAAACUGUUUUGUAAGCUUCUUCCAAUAAUUAUGUGUGUGUGUUAAAAUCUGUUGUUAUUUAUAAUA